AUGAGCGCACUCAUCCAGUUGCGUGAUUCAACGGGUGGAUUCAUACAAGCUCGCGCUUUACUUGACACCUGUGCAACAGCUAAUUUCAUUACUGAAAAUUUGUCUAGCAAAUUAAAAUUGCCAAUGCAAAACUGUUCUAUUCCGAUCGGGGCUGUUAAUGGAAUGCAAACCUUUUCAAAACAUGUCGUUCAAAUAAGUUGUAAAUCUUUAAAUAAUAAAUUUCAAAGAUCAUUAUCAUUUUUAACUGUUAACGAAAUUGCAGAGCUGAGUCCAAAUGAAAUCUUUCCACGUAAUAAAAUAGACAUACCUAAAAAGAUAAUACUUGCUGAUCCGGAAUUUCAUAUACCAAGACCCGUAGAUGUCCUUAUCGGUUCAGGAUGGGUUGUAGCGGGAGGAGUCAUUGACGACAAAAAUAUACUUUCUGUAACUUGUCAACUAACUGAUCUGUCGAGUCAAUUAACAAAAUUCUGGACUAUUGAAGACAUAAGUUCUAGUGAUUCUCGAUCUAUUGAGGAUUCUACAUGUGAGACUUAUUAUCAAAACACUACUAUUCGCGAUACAGACGGUCGAUAUAUAGUAAAACUACCCUUUCGCGCAGACGAUGUCGAGUUCGGGAAUUCCAAACAAAAGGCUCUAAAUAGAUUUCUGUCUUUACAGAAGAGAUUAAAUUCAGACUCAUCAUUAAAAUCCGAAUACAAUAAAGUCAUGAAUGAAUACAUCAAUCUUGGCCACAUGGUACACGUACCGGAUGAUAGUGGACCAGGGUAUUACAUGCCCCAUCAUCCGAUAAUAAAAACAUCCAGCACUACCACUAAGGUACGCGUUGUAUUUGAUGCUUCAGCUAAAACCGAUAAAGGUAUCUCCUUGAAUGAAGUCUUACUAACAGGGCCUACUAUACAAGAUAAUCUUUUCACCAUUCUCUUACGUUUUCGCACUUUUGUCUAUGCUAUGACUUCUGAUAUCGCUCAAAUGUAUCGACAAAUUUGCAUACAUCCGGAUCAUCAUAAAUUUCAACGAAUCCUUUAUUAUCAUAAUGACAAAAUUAGUACCUUUGAACUUAAACGAGUUACAUUUGGGGUUUCUGCAGCUCCAUUUCUAGCUAUACGCACGGUAAAUCAACUUGCUGAUGACGAAUCUCAUAAUUUUCCUGUAGCUUCAAAAAUAUUAAAACGAGAUCUUUAUGUCGACAACUUAUUAACCGGAUCCAAUUCUUUGACCGAAAUUUUAAAAUUGCGUGACGAAAUCAUUCAACUAGUGCGAAAGGGUGGAUUUGAACUCAGACAAUGGGCUUCGAAUCACCGACACGCACUGGAUAAUUUCGAUCAAAGAACCUUAGAUUUAGAUUGUGCUAUUAAUGAUGAUCCUAUCUCUAAAACUUUGGGCAUAGCAUGGAAUUCUCUAACUGACGAAUUUAUCUAUACAGUCAAAUCAAACGAUUCAUCACGAAAAAUAACUAAACGAACCAUUUUAUCUGACAUUGCAAAAAUUUUCGAUCCUAUCGGAAUUCUCGGUCCUAUUGUAUUAGCGGCAAAAACCAUCAUUCAAGAAUGUUGGAAAUUAAAGGUCCAUUGGGAUGAAACGGUCCCACAAGAGUUGCAUUUGCGCUGGUGUAAAUUUGCUGAACAAUUACCCCUAAUCAAAGACUUUUCGGUUGAACGAAAUAUUUUAAUUCCUGAUCCGACUGACAUACAACUGCAUGGAUUUUGUGAUGCUAGUAGAGUAGGCUAUGUUUGUUCCAAAUCUCGAGUUGCUCCCAUUAAAGAUGUUACAAUUCCAAAAUUAGAAUUAUGUGGAGCAUUAUUACUUGCUAAAUUAUAUAAGGACACAAUUCCUUCAUUUAACUUUGACAUAUCUAAAGUCACAUUUUGGUCUGAUUCAACUAUUGUACUUCAAUGGCUCAAACGAUCUCCCAGCACUCUCAAGGUCUUUGAAGCGAAUCGCGUUACACAAAUUCAAACCCUUUGCAGUAAAAUCGAAUGGCGACAUGUCAGAACCAAGGAUAACCCGGCAGAUUGCUUAUCUAGAGGUCAACUUCCUUCUGAAUUUCUAAAUAACAAAAUGUGGUUGAUAGGUCCUACGUGGCUAUCACAGGAUCCUCUCAAUUGGCCUAACUUAAAAGCCAACAGUUCUUUCUGA